GGUUCACGUGACUGGACGUUCCCUCCUCGUAUGAAGGACAUGAAAGGGAGCGAUACUGUCAGACUUCAGCAACCUGCUCGGAAAACAGGACCACGAAUAUGAAAAAAGAUUAAAUAACCGCCAAAUAAAGGGGACUAACAAGAAAAGGAAGGUAGAUCUUUACUUUUCGGGGUUGUUAUUGCACUGCCUGGACAGCUGCGUUGGACAAGCGGUGUGUGCUAUCCAUUAAACUGAACUCUGGACUUGAAACAUGACUCGAACAUGUCCAUUCGUUGUCGGGAUCGCCUGCUUUGCGAUUCUUGGUUGUGUGACAGUAGUCCAGUCUCAGGUCACUCUGGAGGUGACAGAGGGAAACUCCACCUGUAUAAAAGCUGAACUCUCCGCCUCCUUCUCCAUCACCUAUGACACCGCCAACGGCACGCGUACGGUGAUGGUGCCCCUCCCAGGGUCGGCGGUGGUGGGUGUGGCCAGCUCGUGUGGGGGUGACGGCCGCUCCCCCUGGCUCGUGGCGUUGUUCGGGGAUGGCCACGCCCUGGGCCUCGGCUUCUCAUCCAAUGACAGUCUGUACAGCGUUGCUAACCUCACCCUGCAGUAUAACCUCAGUGAUGUCUCCAACUUCCCAGAGGCCAACAGCACCGAUGUGGUAACUGUGGAGACGACCUCUGUAGGGAUGGUUGCUAGGGUCAACACCACCUACAGAUGUAUCAGUGCCUCACCUGUCAUUGUGGGAGGAGCCACCGUCACCUUCUCUAACGUCACCAUGGAGGCCUUCAUGACAGGAGACGAUCUGAGCCCCAACGAGAGUGUGUGUACUGCUGACCAGAGCUUCACCACAGCCCCGCCUCCACCCCCCUCCACCACCACAGCAGCCCCCGCCCCCGUCCCCACCCCCCCUGGAACCCCCAGCCAGGGCAGCUACUCUGUCUCCAAUAGCAACGGGACCGUCUGUCUGCUGGCCCGCAUGGCACUGCAGCUCAACAUCUCCCACUUCUCUGCCUCGCAGAAUAAGACUAUCCAGGAAGUAGUAAACCUGCUGCCCAAUCAGACGACCAGCUCAGGAUUAUGUGACCCCACCAGCGCCACCCUGGUGCUGACGCAGGGCAGUGCCACGAACCUCAGCUUCCUGUUUAGUCUGAACAGCACGUCUAACAGGUACCACCUGACUGGUCUGUCUGUGGUAGCAGCUUGGUCUGAUAUGACAGCCCCGUUCGACACCAGUAACAGUAGUCUGGACUACCUGCGUGGCUCCCUGGGCCGUAGCUACAUGUGUAUUUCAGAACAGACUCUGGCUGUAGACCAGAACUUCUCCCUCAACACCUUCCAGCUGCAGGUCCAGCCCUUCGGCAUCACCAGAGGACAGUUCGCACAAGCGGAGGAGUGCCAGUUGGAUCAGGACAACAUGUUGAUUCCCAUUGUUGUGGGAGCCGCUCUGGCCGGCCUGGUUCUCAUUGUUCUCAUCGCUUACCUCAUCGGCAGGAAGAGGAGCCAUGCUGGAUACCAGACCAUCUGAGAACACUGACACACAACCUGUGUGUAUCAAACGGCACCCUAUUCCCUAUAUAGUGCACUACUUUUGACGAGAGGUCUAUGGGGUAGUGCACUACUUUUGACCAGAGGUCUAUGGGGUAGUGCACUACUUUUGACCAGAGGUCUAUGGGGUAGUUUACUACUUUUGACUACAUUUUACAUUUUAGUCAUUUAGCAGACGCUCUUAUCCAGAGCGACUUACAGUAGUGAAUGCAUACAUUUCAUACAUUUUUUUUUUUUCUCCCUCCGUACUGGUCCCCCGUGGGAAUCGGACCCACAACCCUGGCGUUGCAAACACCAUGCUCUACCAACUGAGCCACACGGGACUAGAGGUCUAUGCGGAUUCUGGUCAAACUUAGUGCACAAUAUAGGGAGUCUUUUCAGACAGAUUGCAGAGAGCCUGACGCUCCAACCAACCACUGCUUCUGAUGACUGACUGGACCAUGUACAAACCAAGCCCUCUCUGCAGUGUGUGUGUGUGUGUGUCCUCUGUAUAUUGUUAUUCACAGCAGCUCAUGCUCUGCUACCUACUAACAGACUACUGCCUGGUCAAACCUACUAUCCCCCUCGUCUCUCUGUCUCUAGCCCAUCUCCACUGCAGCUGGCUCAGUAUACCUUUUUAGUUCUGAUAUCAUUUCAUGUUUGACUUGGAUGGAUUCUCACUUAAAAAGGAAUUUAAAGAUUUUUUUUAAAUAGCAGUUUUUGUGUAAAUGAAUCUGAUAUUAAAUGAUAUAGUAUUCUCUUAUGGAAGAGUGGGUCUUUCCUAGAACCACAUUUUGUGAUGGACUCAACCAGCUUCCCUUCCUUCCUCAUCUCCUUUCCUUCAGGACCACCAUCUUUUCUAUGACAUCACCUAGGGAGGUCUGAAGACUCCUGUGGGGGGAAAAAAAGGGAAACUUCAAUGUCUAACAACUCCACUGUGGUCAGAAAUACUGACCGGAUUAUCUUGUAAGUCACAAGAUCAUUUGACAGGCCUUAUGGGGGGGUUGUGUUUUUACUGCAUUUCAAAACAAAGGGUUGUGGACGGUGUUAGACUGAGGAACAGAACAAGGUUGUUACAUGGAUGUGUUGAACUGGUGUGAAAUAUAGUGGAACUCUUCCUCUCCUCCCAUGAGAUUGUGUUGAUAUCGAUUGUAGCAAGUUGAUCUUAUUUUUGUAGAGAAUGCUUUGAUCAUUUUUCUUAUAUGCAUCUUGCUAAGGUCAAUAAAAGACGUUUGAAACUUU